AGGUCCUCAUUGCGGGUUGCUACCCGUAGGUGGGCCUGUGCGCGAUAUCUCCACCAGUGGGUUGCGCUGGAAUCUGAACCAUGACGCGAUGAGCAUAUGUGGGCUAAUUAGCAGCUCCAAUAAGUUUGAGAAGCGGGAGGGAGAAGAAGAUGCGAUCUCCGUCACCAUCACAAUCGAUACAUCGGAUCCGGUGAUUUGGACAUCUGAAAUCGAUCUGCUAGCCAUACACAAUAGCUGAAUAGUUGACGUAGGUUCCACGAGGGACGAUUCACAUUAAUUUAGUUGAUUGUUUCGAACUUUCAUUCUAACGGCAAUGCACUGUAAUCGAUUGAUUUUCUUCGUGGUAAAUUUAGCAUUAGGUAAGCCUCUGCAUCGAUUCUCGGGAGUACCAAAGGUAGUCGCUGAUUACAUUCAUUAAUUUAUUAGGUACUGUGGUCCGAUCAAAGUUCCUACACACGAUCCGCCUUAGUUUACCAGACUGUAUAUCUGAUUCAAAACUACACAAUAGCAGUUGCAUUCAACACAGUACACGAUAUAUGUACGAUAAUGAUAAGAGUAGUGAGGUGCCAAUGAGAAUACAUAAUUUUUUACCUACAAAUACUCUGCACAUGCAUGAAGGCGGUGUCAGAAUGUUCUGAUUCUCAAUGGAAAUCCAGGCCAUAGGAAUCUUUAGAGACAUCUCUCUAGAGACUCUAGUAGAAAGUCUCUCUCGAUCUGAAUCUUCAAUCUAGAGGCCUUCAGCACUCAGGCUCUUUUUAUCUGUUUUUUUUGUUUAAAAAAACGAGUGUUGUGUCAGUCGCCAAAUCUUCAGCCUCUAAAGAGCCGAUAUCGUAAAGACGUCAUUGAAAGGAAUUUAUAGUUCAUGACGCGCACUAUGUUUUGUUUCAAAAAAUAUCAAAAGCAAUAAAAAUAUAUCUCGAC